AUGAAUAGCCUGUAUAAAAAAGGAGACAUUAUCUUAGGAGGCAUAUUUGAAAUAAGUGUAAAAAUAAUCUCACCGGAUUUGUCUUUCAGAGUAAAACCCGAGCAAUGGAAGUGUGAUGGAUUUGAUGUUGCCAUAUUUCAGAGAGCACAAGCAAUGGUUUUUGCUAUUGAGGAAAUAAACAGAAAUGAAACUCUGCUGCCUAAUAUUACUUUAGGAUACCGACUGUAUGACAACUGUCAAAAGAUACCAACAGCCCUCAGAGCUGCCACUGCUCUUUUUGCUGGAAUGGAUGAUACAAAGGAAGAAUUUAACUGCUAUGGAUCUCCUCCUGUUCUUGCAAUUGUUGGAGACCCUGCAUCAACACAUUCUAUUGCAAUAUCACGGAUAGUCAGUUUGUUUCGGAUUCCUAUGGUCAGUUAUUAUGCAACAUGUUCCUGCUUAAGCAACAAACAAGAGUUUCCAUCAUUCUUUAGAACUGUUCCAAGUGAUACCUUUCAGAUCAAAGCUAUGAUUCGAAUUCUUAAACAUUACAAGUGGACCUGGGUAGGUGCUUUAGCAGGCGACGAUGAUUAUGGGCAGAAUGCAGUGAAAUUGUUUAUUGAAGAAGUCAAAACAUUUGGAUGCAUUUCUUUCACAGAAACCAUUCCCAAAGUAAUAACACAGUCAAGGCUGCUUCAAAUAGUAGACAGAAUAAAACGUUCAACUGCAAAAGUGAUUGUUGUUUUAUCAUCUAGAGUUGAUUUUACUCCUGUGGCAAUGGAAGUGGUUAGACAAAACAUCACUGGGAGGCAAUGGAUUGCAAGUGAGGCAUGGGCUACCUCUGUGGCCCUGGCCACUAAAGAAAACUUUGCUUGUUUAGGAGGGACUAUUGGAGUUGCAAUACGUAGAGGAGAAAUUCCAGGAUUCCAAAACUUUCUUCUUCAGGUGCAUCCUGAUGUUAAUCCAAACACGAGGCUGCUAGUUCAAUUCUGGGAGACAAUGUUUGGAUGCAGUUUUCAAGGAGGCAUACAUGGGCAAAAUGUAUCUGUUGACCACUCAAUAUGUACAGGACAUGAGAACAUCAGCAGCACUAAAACUGGAUACAGUGAUGUAUCACAAUUAAGAGGUUCCUAUAACAUUUACAAGGCAGUGUAUGCAUUGGCACAUGCACUUCAUAAUUUAAUGUCUUGUGAAAGUGGAAAAGGACCCUUUGAAAACCAUACAUGUGCAAAUAUUACAAGUAUACAGCCCUGGCAGCUUUUCCAUUAUUUAAUGAAAGUGAACUUCAGUAAUCAUUUGGGAGAAAGAAUAAUGUUUAAUGAAAAUGGAGAUCCUCCAGCAAUCUAUGACAUAAUGAGCUGGCAAAUGGAUGAACAUGGUGAAGUCAGAGUGAAAACUGUUGGUCUUUUUGAUGAAUCAGCUGGUGCAGGGAAUGACCUCAUGCUGAAAGAGGAUGAAAUAUUUUGGAACUUUGAUUUUGGGAUGGUACCAGAGUCUAUGUGCAGCAAAAGCUGUCGACCUGGCUCAAGAAAAGCUACAAGAAAAGGAGAACCUGUUUGCUGCUUCGACUGUGUACCUUGUGCUGACGGAGAGAUUAGCAGUGGCAUUAAUUCCAUUGAAUGUGUCAAGUGUCCAGCAGAUUUCUGGUCAAAUCCAAGCAGAACACAGUGCUUGCCAAAAGAGAUCGAGUUCCUCUCUUAUGGAGAUCCAAUGGGAAUUACCUUAACAACAGUUUCAUUAUUUGGAGUUUGCUUAUCAAUCUGCGUUUUAGUGGUUUUCAUCUUAUACAGGAACACUCCUGUAGUAAAAGCCAACAAUUCUGAACUAAGUUUCCUUUUGCUGGUAUCCUUAACAUUUUGCUUUCUUUGCGCCUUAUGUUUUAUUGGACAGCCCACCGAUUUAACUUGCAUACUGAGGCACAUAGUGUUUGGAAUCAGCUUUGUUUUGUGUGUUUCUUGUAUUCUUGUAAAAACAAUUGUGGUCAUAGUGGCUUUUAAAGCCACCUUGCCGGGAAACAACAUGAUGAAAUGGUUUGGUGUUUCUCAGCAGAGAGGCACCAUUUUUCUGUUCACAAUAAUUCAGUCUAUAAUAUGUAUCAUAUGGCUGUCCACUGCACCUCCAAGUCCAGUGAAAAAUACAAAAUAUCAAAAUGAAAAAAUUAUAUUUGAAUGUGAUAAUGGCUCUAUAGUAGGGUUUAGCUCUGUAUUGGGGUACAUUGGGCUAUUAGCAUGUACCUGUUUUGCAAUAGCUUUCCUUUCAAGAAAUUUGCCAGACACUUUUAAUGAAGCCAAGUUCAUAACAUUUAGCAUGCUACUCUUUUGUGCAGUUUGGAUAAGUUUUAUCCCUGCUUACAUCAGUUCUCCAGGAAAGUAUACAGUAGCUGUUGAGGUAUUUGCAAUCUUGGCCUCAAGCUUUGGUCUACUUCUAGCAAUUUUUAGUCCAAAAUGUUUUAUUAUUUUACUGAAGCCAGAGUUAAAUAAUAAAAAGUCAAUAAUGGGAAAAGUAAACCCUAAAUAA